AUGACCUGGCCCAACCAGACUAUGUUCAGUGAGUUCGUUCUGUUGGGAUUUUCUGAACAUGGCCAGCGCCAGUUUCUCCUCUUUGUUAUGUUUCUGGUUGUCUACAUGCUGACUUUGAUGGGAAACAUCUUCAUCAUCUUCCUAACAAAAAUUGACACCACCUUACACAGCCCUAUGUACUUCUUCCUCCAAAACCUGUCCUUUGCAGAAAUCUGCUUCACUUUAGACACAAUCCCCAAAAUGCUAAUCAAUCUACUGCUGAAGGACAAAAGUAUUUCUUAUGCUGGCUGUGCCAUUCAAAUGUAUUGCUUCUUCUACUUUGGAUGUGCUGAGUGUUUCCUCUUAGCUGCUAUGUCUUAUGACCGCUUUGUUGCUAUCUGCAAUCCCCUGCGCUAUACCACUGUCAUGAACAGGACCUUCUGCCACAAACUGGUUGGUGGGGUUUGGGUGAUUGGCAUCCCUGUGUCACUGCUUCAAGCAGCUUGGAUCUUCAAUCUCCCAUUUUGUGGUGCAAAUGAGGUCAAUCACUUCUUCUGUGAUGCACCACCGGUACUAAAGUUGGUUUGUACAGAUACAUACCUAUAUGAGAUGCAGUCCAUUGCUUCUACUCUCCUGUUCCUCAUGUUCCCUUUUGUGCUCAUCCUGAUAUCCUAUGUCCGAAUCAUUAUCACAAUCCUCAGAAUGUCUUCAGCAGAAGGCAGACACAAAGCCUUCUCCACUUGCUCAUCCCAUCUCAUUGUGGUCACUUUGUUCUAUGGAAGUGGAAGCAUUGUCUAUCUGAGGCCAAAGUCCAACUAUUCACCAGAAGUGAAAAAAAUUCUGUCUCUGUUCUACACAGUUCUCACACCCAUGCUAAAUCCUAUUGUCUACACUCUGAGGAACUAUGAAGUAAAGGAAGCCCUGAAGAGAACUCUAGGCCGGAAAAUCUUCUCACAGGUGACAUAG